UGUUUUGCUUUCUUAUAAGUAUGUCAGCGUGUGAGGAGCUGUGCCAACAUUGGGUGUGUCAGGUGAAUAGUGACUAUGAAUAAGAAUGCUGCAAUCUUGAAAGGAGGUAGCAACACAGAGGCGAAAGAAGUUACACGUUUCCUCCGGUCUGCAGGAUAGUACUAUGGAUUCCUAAUGCAGAUAAGUACUUCAUUACAAGAGCAUGGAAGCACAAACAGGAAGAUGACAAAUGACUAGUCUUUGUAGAAGACUAUACAUGGGUGAGGAGCUGAUGACCACUGAAGAGGGAGACACUGUUUUAAAUAUCUGGCAGAAAAAAAGGUUGUCUUCACUUUUGUUUCUACAAAAAUAUCGAGUUGAACUGGUGGAUGAAUUGGAAUCUUACAUUUCCUCUAUUCUCGAUCACACUUUGCAACAACAGUUACUAUCAAGGGAUGAUUAUGAAGAUGUGGCCCAUGAGGGAGGGCCCAGAAAACAAGUGAGGAAACUAUUAGAUAUCAUAUAUUGUCUUGGAGAAGAAAAUGCAUCAAUAUUUUGUCAACUUUUUCAGCAACUUAAAACAUCUAGAAAACAAACAACAAGUGAAAGUGAAUAUACAAAAUCUAUACAGAAACACAAAAAUGUCCUUAAACGUAGAAGUGACUUCAUAAACUUCUAUAACUGCAGACAUGGUGAUAAAUUCUACUUUUCUGAUUAUUUUGUUAACCUCCUGCUGGUGAAUGGACACUACAGCUUGGAAAUGAAGAAAAAUGAGCUACUGACAUUUGGUCAACAACGGAUACACCUCCAAAACAAGAAAGAAGACAAGUGUAAGCUUACACUUCAACAGCUUUUUGAUAAGCAAAAUGAGAGGAGGGCACCGAAUAAAAUCCUUGUGAGUGGUGUGGCAGGAAUAGGGAAAACUGUUUUCGUUCAAAAAAUUUUGGUGGAUUUUUCAAAUGCAGUCGAGUAUCAACACUUUGACUUUGUUCUCAACUUCACUUUCAGAGAUCUUAACUUAAUAAAUAAGCCAAUAACUUUGCGGGAAGUGAUAUGUAAAAAACAUGGUCAUUUGUCAAACAUUUUAGAUGACAUUUUCAAAAACAGCCAUAAACUUUUAGCGAUCUUGGAUGGGUUUGAUGAAUUUAAGUCCUACAACCAGCUGGACAUGGAGCAAUAUGUAAUGGAUCCAGAUGAAAAGGCAGAAAUACCUCAGCUUAUUGGCAGCUUAAUCCAAGGAGAACUUCUUCCGGAUGCCACCGUUUUGCUCACAAGUAGGCCGACAGUCAUAAAUCACAUACCCGUUGAGUGUAUUGAACGCUUUGUGAUAAUCACUGGAUUCUCUGUUACUGAAAUAGAAGAUUACUUCCAAAAGUUUUUUGGAGACAAGCGCCUGGGAAGCGAACACUUUGUAGCAGUGAAGGAUAAUCAUUUUCUAUUUACGUUAUGUUACAUUCCAGCAUUUUGCUGGAUAGUCUGCAGUGUUCUAAAGGGAAUCUCGACACUUCACAUUGAGUGUCCAAAAACAAUGACGGACAUUUACUGCCAUUAUCUCAUAGUCUUACUGAAAUAUCAUGCCCAUGAAGUCUAUAGCACUAAAGACGGUGCUGUAUUACAUGGGGUUCUUGGCUUAGGUCAGAUUGCCUACCACUCCCUUCUGAAGCAUGAAACCUUAUUUUAUGAGAAAGAUCUUGAAAAGUUUCAAAAACUUCCGAAAGACAUUGUAAAUAGUUUUCUUGAUACUACGUGUGUACAGGACCUAGGAUAUACAGAAAAUGUUCUUUCCUUUACCCAUUUCACCAUACAAGAAUUUUUUGCAGCUUUCUAUUAUGCCCAUGCAGAAAACAUUACUGAAAACAUCAUGGAUAUGGAUUUACAAAAAAAUCUAGGCAUUGGAUCUGGAUAUUUGGAUUUAUUUCUUAGGUUUCUUUCAGGAUUGCUUUCAGUACGAAAUCAGGAGAUUCUGUCAAAACAUCUGAAUCUUGGCGAAAGCAAGAAGUCAGAAAUGUAUACAUCAUGGUUGGUAAAUUCAAUUGUUGAACACUGUGAAACCGGCCGCUAUAUCCUGAAUCUACUGCACUGUUUGUUUGAACAGCAAAUGAGCAGCUUGGCAAAUAGAAUAACUCCGUCUGUGUUACGUCUUAAUGUGAGUGAUAACAUUUUCUCACCCAUUGACUUUGACGUAUUAGCAUAUUUCUUGGACAUUGUUCCCAUGGAAAUUGAUGAACUUGAUUUAACAGCUACACAUGUGGAUGCAAGCUAUUUGGAAAAGUUGCAGCCGUACCUUCAUCGGUGUAGGAAAUUAUGGCUUGGUGAGAAUAACCUGGAUAUUGAAGCAAUAACAAUUCUCUCUGGCAUUCUAAUGUCUCCAGAUUGCAAAAUAGAACUUUUGGGCCUUGGCUGGACACAGCUAGAAGAUGAAGAAUUUCUAGAACUCUAUAGAUGUCUCCCACACAAUCGCUCCCUGACGGGAUUAUGGCUUGAAGGAAACAACAUCAAUUACACAGCCAUCCAACAAUUCUCUGACAUAUCCUCCUUCAACUCAACUUUACGUCAUGUGGUAUUGCUGGGGAACAACGUAGACCCUGAAAACAUUACAGCUCUGAAGGAAAAAACACACAAAAGCAUAAUUGUUGCACACAUUGAUGAGAACUACGGCAAAGAUUUUUGGCAAGGCUGGUGGGACUGGAUAUUUCAACGGUGCAAAAUCUGCAAUGAUGAGAAGAUUGUGUCUUUCUUAACAAAGGUGUACAGAGGCCUAGGCCUCUGUGAUGGAAAGGAUGCUGAGUGGAUGAAGGACUGGUAUAUGCAGAUAAAUGGUUUUCUGCAGGAACGAAUACAGCAGUGCUCCAUUAGGAACAUAGCUAGAAAGAUGGAGGACCUCAAGCAGAUGUUUCAGCAGCAGUCAGGAAAUCUAUGAAAUUGACUCUUUCAUGUAAUCACUUUGUCCAUGUCUGCAUUGAAUGUAUUAUAUAUGGAUCCCAAAAUAAGGAAGUUAUUUCCUACCUACCUCCAUACCUAGUGCCUUAGUAAACUACAGGAUGUUGCAGAGCUUUCUAACAUUACAAAAACAUUUCUCAAAUAUUCCCUCAAAACCCUCCUAAUAGUAUUAGCAGCUUUCUUGUAUAUAAUGUAUAUAAGUUAGUUUCCUGUUCCCCUUUUUUAAACAUUUUGGCAAUGAUAUAACUACAAAAGAACAAUAAUCCAGUCAGCCUUAAAGGAUAAGUAUCAUGGGAAAAAAAACAUAUCCCCUAUCUGAAGGAUAGGGGAUAAGUUUUAGAAGGUUGGGGGUCCGAGCACUGGAGCCCCUGUGAUCUGCUGUUUGGAGCCUUGACUCUCCAUCACAGGAGCAUGUCACGACUCCCGCCCAAAAUGGGAGCCACCAUGCUCCCUCUAUAUAGCUCUAUGGGAGAGCCAAAGAUUGUCGAAUGGCUCUCCCAUAGAGUUACAGUGGGGCAAAAAAGUAUUUAGUCAGCCACUAAUUGUGCAAGUUCUCCCACUUAAAAAGAUGAGAGAGGCCUGUAAUUUUCAUCAUAGGUACACUUCAACUAUGAGAGAAAUAAUGAGAAGAAAAAUAAAAUCCAUAACCUCACAUUGUCUGAUUUUUAAAGAAGCUAUUUGCAAAUUUUGGUGGAAUAGAAGUAUUUGGUCCCCUACAAACAAGCAAGAUUUCUGGCUCUGACUUCUUCUUUAAGAGUCUCCUCUGUCCUCCACUCGUUACCUGUAUUAAUGGCAUCUGUUUGAACUUGUUAUCAGUAUAAAAGACACCUGUCCACAACCUCAAACAGUCACACUCCAAACUCCACUAUGGUCAAGACCAAUGAGCUGUUGAAGGACACCAGAAACAAAAUUGUAGACCUGCACCAGGCUGGGAAGACUGAAUCUGCAAUAGUCAAGCAGCUUGGUGUGAAAAAAAUCAACUGUGGGAGCAAUUAUUAGAAAAUGGAAGACAUGCACGACCACUGAUUAUCUCCCUCGAUCUGGGGCUCCACACAAGAUCUCACCCGGUGGUGUCAAAAUGAUCACAAGAAUGUGAGCAAAAAUCCCAGAACCAAACGGGGGGACCUAGUGAAUAACCUUCAGAGAGCCGGGACCAAAGUAACAAAGGCUAACUAUCAGUAACACACGGUAAAGAGGAGAGACAGCACCGAUCCAAUCAACGUGUGCAAGUGAUCAUCCGGGAAUGCCAACCUGGAAAGGCAUAC